GCUUGCAUCUCAACUGAAGAUUGCCGUCAUUUUUGAACGACGUCUUCCAAAAAAUAAAGGGUCCAAAGACUUCACGAUAUGUGAUAAACACACUAAUUUGGUAAAUAGGAAUACCAGAACGAUUGGUAGACUUAUGAGGACAUCAGAUAAUAAUGUACAGAUUGCUAAAAAGCAAAGAUCAAAAGAAAAAAAGGAACAAAGAGAAACAUAG